GGGCUUUCCUUCCUGGCAAGAUGGCGGCGGCCGUAACGAGAUGCUGCUUCCAGAAAGUUUAUGCUCACAGUCCAAGCCAUAUUUUCUCUAGAAUUGUUCGGCAUUCUGCAGUGCUUCCUUGUUUUACCAACUUACUGGUUCCCAGUAGAAACUAUGCUGCAAAAUCAAGAAGGAAAUAUAAAAGACUCUCCCAAGAAAAAGCCCAGGCAUCAGAGCCGAAGGAUAAAGAUGACCGUUAUAAAUUGCCUUUACCAUGCGAGCCAAAAGAUGAUGUUUAUUUGACCUGGUGUUAUCAAAGACCAGUUUAUGACGCAGAAGCGGCUUUAGAGCUUUUGAAGAAGUUUCAACUGCUGGACUUUACAUCCCCUACCCAGGAAUUGUAUGUAGACAUCACCUUGGAUAUGGCAUUGGAGAAGAAGAAAACUGUGGGGCCGUUUAUUAGUACUGUUUUAUUGCCGUACCGUUACACAGAUGUCAUCCCCAAGAUUUUAGUACUUACUGAGAAUCCAGAAGAAGCCAUUCUAGCAACAGCAAAUGGAGCUGCAAUAGUAGGAGGAGUCGAGUUAAUUAAGCCGAUUUUAAAUCAGGAAAUCGAGGCAGAUUUUUAUAUCACUGUGCCUGAAAUGUCAACCAAAAUUAAUCCUUUAAGGAAUAUUCUGAAACAAAAGUACCCCACCAUAAGAAAUGAUACUGUUACUUACAAUAUUGCUGAGACGCUUAAUUUCUUCAAAAUCUGCCACGAGUAUUCAGUGACCAAUGACAACCUUAUCCAAACCCCAUUUGCAAUGCUGGAUAUGUCUAAUGAUCAGAUACUUGCCAACCUGGACACGAUUAUGAAGGACAUUUGUAAACGCAAACCUUUGAAAUAUGGUCCUUUUGUGACAAGUAUGAGCAUUCGAAGUUCAACUAGUGAAGCCUUAGAUGUAAAAGUUGAACAAUUUCUCCCUGAAGAAGCACCAGGAGAGAAGUUGAAAGAAGCUGAAAGCAUCACUGAAGAAGAAACGGAAGAAUCCAGAUAAUUAGAAGGCUGCAGAAAUGUUCUCCUUGUAUAACAAUUAUAAAGGGUUGUUCUCGUAGCCUCUUCCGCAAAUUCCGUCAAGUUCUGGUCUUGAAAGAGAGGUUUGUACCAACAUCGGAGACAACAGUUCAGUUGUCUCCAAAACUGAAGCUCCGUGGAGCUGCUAGAUCAGCAGUCCCCAAAAUGUACCUAGGCAUUGUUGGUUUUGCAGGCUCAGCACACCUGGAGAGUCUGCCCACACUAACGCUAAUGUUUCAGUGCAAGCCAUUCUCGGUUUGUAAAAAAGAUGUAAAUGCGUAUUAUUAAAAAUGAAAAG